AUGGCUCCUCGGGGCCCGGCAAAGGCUCGCGACUUGGACUUCUCCAAUGUCGGCAAGGCUGGAAGACCAGUACGGGAUGAGCUGACUGUUAGUAGGCGCACAGGUAUCACCCUGAAGGAAGGCAAGCGGGAUGAACAUGGAAUGGAGGAUGUCGACGGAAUAUUCUCAUCACCAGAAAAAUCGCCCGUGAAAGAAAAUGGAUUCGAUAGCGAAGAGUCAAUGGGCUCAGAGAUGUCCAUGGACGAGGGCAACGGGCCCGGCCCUGCAGAUUUCCUCAAUGGCCUCAACGGUUCGCGUACUCCCCGCCUGCCUCCACCCGUUGCGCGAUCACCUACAAAAACUGGCAUGACCGGGUCUCCGCGCAGAACUCCUGGAUUGCGCUCCUCCCAGAGCCCACAACGUGAUCUCCCCUCAUCGAGCCCGUCAGACGGCAGGAGCUCAAGGAGAGACUCGCGACGGGACUCGCGGCGCGAUGUCUCUCCACUCACCAACCGCUCCAUCAACGCCACACCCUCACUGGAACACUCCAAUACUACACGCGCCAAGGGUCUCAAGAAGGCCGAAAAAGCGCCACCGAUGUCUUUCUCCGACAGUGAUUCCCACGGCGAUGAGAAUGGGCAUUUACUAGAUCAAACCGAUUUCGUGGAUAACUUCAACGCUGGCGAUGACCCACUGCUGGGUAAUAACUCGGAAGCGCAGGAUGAGAGCAGUGGUGAAGAACUGCACAAGGUCCCAGCACCCGAGACGCGGAAAGGCCCAGGACGAGGCCGUAAGCCAGUUGGAGGCGCAAACACUGCGGCACAGGAUGGAACAGAGGAACAAUCAACACCACAGAAACGAAAGCGCCCUGGACGGCCACCUAAAGGUCAAAGCCAGCCAAUACAAGAUACAGAAGAACAACGCCCAGCAAAGAAGGCCAAAAAUUCCGAACAAAAACGUCGGAUCACUGGGCCGUCAGGCGACCCUGACCUGGACAAAGUAGUCGAAAACCACGUCAAUCGAACCGGGCCGCUCAAGGGCCGAAGCCUCUAUAUUCUCAAACGGGAGGCGCCUACGGAUCCGUCUACUACACACACACGAUCAGGACGUGUAUCGGUCAGACCACUGGCCUACUGGAAAAACGAACGAUGUGUGUACGGUGACGAGGGAGUAGCCGAAGGACAGCGAUAUCCUCUCUCAAAAAUCAAGGAGAUCAUCCGAACUGAAGAGCUAGAGCCGGAGAAGAAACAAAAACGCCGAUCAAAGAAGUCGAAAUCGAGAAAGGACAGGGAUGAUGACUCUGAUUCUGAUGAAGAUCAGUACCGCGAUCCAUACGAGGAGACGGGUGGUGUCCUGCAUGGUUAUAUCAGGAAAUGGGACCAUGAAACGCAAACAGCAAUGGACGACGAGGAAGUGCUAGAUAUCGCAUACGCCCCAUCUGGCAUUGAGACCCGAAACGUCAAAGGCGCAGCUUUCAGAUUUGCUAAGCUUCUGAGUUCUCCCUUUAUCGGUUCUGGCAUUGUCGAACUACCUCCCGGAGGGGUCAAGAAACCAAAGAAUGCGAAGAAAAUGCAUAUGAUAUUUUACGUUGUUGGCGGGCGAGUCUUAGUGGAUGUUUCUGGCGUUCAAUUCAGUGCUGGCAAGGGGUGUGUUUUUCAAGUCCCACGAGGUAAGUCUCAUUAA